AUCUAACAUGCUAAACUCAGGUAUCCAGAGCUCUUACGGCUGCCCGCACGCAGCCGAAAUUAGUGGGGGCAGUCCCGGGCUGUAAAGCAUAGUUUGAGGAUACACCAGAUUGAGGGGCAGAGCCACGGGUCGGGGUCUCCAGAAGCGGGGAGGAGCCACCGGAGGAUCUGGGCGCAGUUUCCUCUCUAAGUUCCGCCCCGAGAGCGCCGGCCCCGCCCCCGCCGUUCGCGCUCUGACCAGCCCGCAGAGUCAGCCCCCGACCCCGGGCCGCCUGGGCCCCAGGGUUCCGCCGGCAAUCUGGCCACCACCGCGUGGGAACUGCUGCUGUCUGGACUUGCCGAGCUGGCCCCCGUCUUCUCCCUCCCCAGCAUGGGGCCGGGUGUGCAGGGGUUGAGCUUUCCCUUCUUUAUUCCAUGGGGCCUCCUGGUCAGGAGCCCUAGGUGGGGAGGAUGGGGCCCCAGGGUUGGAACCCCAUAGACUAGUUUUGAAUGGCAGCUCUGCCAUUUAUUAGCCUUGGCCUUGAGUGUUUUGAACCUCCCUGAGCCUCAGUUUCCUCAUCUGUAAAAUGGAAAUAUACAGGCUGUAGCACCUACCUCAUAGAAUUAUGGUGAGGAUUAAAAGAGACAAUGUGUAUCAAGUACAGAGCAGGGAGCCUAGUAUUCCGUAGGCACUCAGUAAAUGUGGGUUCAGACUCCAGGCUGAGAACAUCUCUAGGGACUUUGGAGCUGAGGUAGCUCCAAAGAAAGCGAUUUUCAGCUAAGUAGUACCUGUGAGGAAUGUAGAGCUGUCUGCAGACUGAACAAUUGCCCUUCAGCUCCACCGUGAGGUGUGGAGUAGAAUGACCAAGUUGGAAGGACCUUAGAGGUAAUCUAAACCCUGUGAUUCCCAUGUUGCCGAACUGUGGAAACAGAUCUAGAGUGGUUAAGUGGCUUGCCAAAGGUCACACAGCUAAAUGGGAGGCCAGGCAUACCUCCAAGAAUUGGAAUGGACUGUCCCUUGAACCUCCUCCUCAACUCCUGAUUUGGGCAGUGCCUCUUCAUUCCCUGAAGAUCUAGUUUUCAAUUUGGGAAUCCUAGUGGUUCCUCAGAGAUCUAGAGCUGCAAGCUUCAGGGAUGGAUGUUGGGAGGGAAGACUAGUGCUACUGCAACUUCAGAGUCUAGUUUUGGGCUGAGUGAGCAAGAUGUUCCCCAUCUAGGGCCUUAAGGGACUCAGAGUCCAUUUAGGGAUGAUCCAGGGAAUGUUUUUUUUUUUCCUGGGAGGGUCACCAGAGCCACUUCCAGCUCCCUGGGGAGAUCCCUGAUGCUCCUAAAAGGGAGAGAGGAACUUGAGCAAUUGGAGCAGGCUGCCUGAUCAGGCCUGGCAGCUGGGGGAAAAUGGGUGAGAAUGUGGAGGCGUAGCCACCUGGCUCGUUCUGGAAUGCCAGGAUGCCAACCUAACUGAGAUCAAGGUUCUUUUUGAGGGUGGGACUAAAGGGAGAGUCUUGUGGGUGGGGCCAGGAAGAGUUGGGACUUGAUUUGACAAGGCCUUUGAGCCCAGAAGGGUGUAUUCUUUAUGUGUCUGGAGCCAGCCCUAGCUUGGCAACAAGCAGCCAGCAUUCCAGGGAUGGCUUUCUCUCCAACUCAGCAUAGGGCUUUGAGGAAGAACCUUUCUCUCUCUCUGAGUGUCUUGGUUUCUCUAUCUUUACAAUGGGAAUAGGGCUAACUGCCUCAUCUAUGUAGAAUUUGGUUUUUCCUUUUUUUCCUCCUGUGAACAGGCGCCUCUUCUGCCUCUCUCACUCCAGUCCUAACCUGACCUUUCUGUCUCAAGCUCAGACCCAGAGAGGAAGGGGUCAAGGAAGGCCAGAGUUGCAGUGUGUAACUUUUUGUGGGUCCCACAUGUAUCUCUUUGUUAUGUGAUCCUGAGAAGAUUCCUGCCCUAACUUUCCCUUCUGUACACUGUGGGGAGCUGAGCUAGGAUUGUUGGUAUACACUUAUUUGUUAUAGUUCCUGACCUUAGCUACCCUUAUCUAAGGGGGAAAUCACAGUCCCUAGGAACCCUCAUCUGUUCACAGGAGGGUGGUGUGGACAGCCCCCUGGGCACUGGGGAGCCUCCAGAAGCUGACCAAGCAGCUCUCUCCAGCAAACAGCAAGCCCAGGCUAGCACCAGACCUGAUUCUGCAAAGCCUUUCAUUCUCGGGGCACGUGAGAGAGCAGGUUGGGACAAGCAGAGGGCUCGGGUUUCUGUCAGCUUCCAUGGAAUCCCUGCCGCUGUGGACUGCGGUGCAGGCACACAGAGCACACAGAGCCUGGGAAGGGACUGAAGGUGUGGGAGGGCCCUGGGCCAGUGGGGAAGCAAUGAGAGCUGAUGACAGGCCUUGAAGCCUGGAGGCUGGGCCUGAGGCUCAAAGACCUGGGGGAGGAGAUGGGCCAUUCCAUCCACUGGUAGGUUUUAGGGUUGGUUCUUGAAAUAAGUAGAGAUACUUAAAGCAACUUCUCUAGUCCUAGGCCUGUCAAGCUAGGCAGAGAGGAGUGAGGAGAAGCUCUCCCAAUCCAUUCAAGCUUUAUCCUAGCACAGAUUUGGUUCAUUGUCUUCCCGCUGAAAUUGAGGUGGAAUGUUGUCUUUCAAUUCUGAGUCAGUCUUCCUCAUCCAGGGCAGGAGCUAUCCAAGUUUAGGCAACUUCCUCCUCAUACUCCCCACCCCAUGGCACACAGCUAAUUUUAGGACUGAGCACAAGGGCUGACUUCAUCACUGAGUCCCAGCCUUGCUGCCUGGGGCCCUGACAGCAUGCCACUCCAUCCCCAGGUCUGACAAGAUGUACCAGGUCCCACUGCCACUGGAUCGGGAUGGGACCUUGGUACGGCUCCGCUUCACCAUGGUGGCCCUGGUCACAGUCUGCUGUCCACUUGUCGCCUUCCUCUUCUGCAUCCUCUGGUCCCUGCUCUUCCACUUCAAGGAGACAACGGCCACACACUGUGGGGCCUCGCCCUACAGGAUGUUCUCUGCGGCCUCCCAGCCUUUGGACCCCGAUGGGACCUUGUUCCGGCUUCGCUUCACGGCCAUGGUCUGGUGGGUCAUCACUUUUCCUGUGUUCGGCUUCUUCUUCUGCAUCAUCUGGUCCCUGGUGUUCCACUUUGAGUACACAGUGGCCACUGACUGUGGGGUGCCCAAUUACCUGCCCUCGGUGAGCUCGGCCAUCGGCGGGGAGGUGCCCCAGCGCUACGUGUGGCGUUUCUGCAUCGGCCUGCACUCGGCGCCUCGCUUCUUGGUGGCCUUCGCCUACUGGAACCACUACCUCAGCUGCGCCUCCCCGUGUUCCUGCUAUCGCCCGCUCUGCCGCCUCAACUUCGGCCUCAAUGUCGUGGAGAACCUUGCAUUGCUAGUGCUCACUUACGUCUCCUCCUCCGAGGACUUCACCAUCCACGAAAAUGCUUUCAUUGUGUUCAUCGCCUCAUCCCUCGGGCAUAUGCUCCUCACCUGUAUUCUCUGGCGGUUGACCAAGAAGCACACAGUAAGUCAGGAGGAUCGGAAGUCCUACAGCUGGAAACAGCGGCUCUUCGUCAUCAACUUCGUCUCCUUCUUCUCGGCGCUGGCUGUCUACUUUCGGCACAACAUGUAUUGUGAGGCUGGAGUGUACACCAUCUUUGCCAUCCUGGAGUACACUGUUGUCCUAACCAACAUGGCGUUCCACAUGACGGCCUGGUGGGACUUCGGGAACAAGGAGCUGCUCAUAACCUCUCAGCCUGAGGAAAAGCGAUUCUGAACCCUUCAGUCCUGCUUGGGAGGAGGAAGCCCACUGCCCAGAAACAAGAAACAAGAUACCAUUCUGGCCUUCCCCACCCUACAUCCUCUCUUGGCCUUACUGAAGAUGGGGGAAGGGUAAGAAGGAAGGGCAUAGGCCAAGGCUCACCCCAGUGCUGCUGGCUUCUCCUCUCCACCCCUCAUAUGGGCAUGGGGUCCUCAAGCAACAUCACCUUUACCUGAGAGGCCCCAAGAAGCUGAGCUGGCAGAGAGCUCCACCAUUUGGUGCUAAAAAAACGUCCUGAGGUUCAUGACCACCACCCACUUUCUGGCCUUUACGUAGUCAUCUUUCACUGAGGUCAGGAGCCCCUGAGCAGUUGCUGCUCCCUGACAACCACAGCCAUUUCUCUCCACGGGGUCAUUCACAGGACUAAUGUAUUUCAUGAUCUACUGUGCACAUCCAGGCCUGUGGCCACAGUCCCCUGCUAAAGCUGCUCAGGUGUUCUAGUCCUGACUUCACCUUUUUGAUGUGGUGUGCGCCCUAUGGUAUGUACCCUUCCCUAUCUGAGCCUCAGUGUGUCCAUGUGUCUGAUGGGGGAUGGGUGGGCUGUAUGAUUUCCAAGGGCUCUACCAGUCAGUGGUUCUGAUGUCAUUGGGUGGAGGUGGUGUUUUGUACCUAAAGGAUGACCUGCUCCAGAAACAGCACCAGCACACCAUGUAUUUUCUUCUCUCUUCUGAAAGUUCUGGCUUAUAGACCCCUCCCCUCCUUUGCAAAGGUAUGGGAUAGAGGGGUCAGAUGCAGAUUUCUACUGUAAAAUGGGCUCUCUGGUAUCUCCUGUCUUCCCUACUGCUCCAAACCCUAAAUUUUGGUUGUACGUUUUGUUUUAAAGGAAAAUAAAUUUUUUGGGGGGGCCAACAGUC